GAACAGAUGUCAGCCAAGGAAGCCAGGCCAGCGCCAGAUCAAGUUGCUGCUGCCAGCUCUCGCGAGUUUUGUCAGUAAGAGUUGACUGAAAUGUCAGAGCUGUGCAAUUCACAGGCGGGGCGGCUGCUGCAUCCCGCCUUUCCCCGAAGUAUUAUAUGACUGCCACUUUGCAAACUUCGUCAUCCUUUUCUGCAGUGAUUCCGAAAUCGACUGACUGUUUUGUUAUCAAAUGUGGAGGCCACAGCCUUUGCCUUAAGCAGGUUUGGCCACACAGGUCCUUAUUAAAUCAAUUUAAAGAGCUAAACGAAUAGUGGAAGGGAGAAAAGGAAGAUGUAUUCCCUGUGACGACAUCGGGAAAAGGGACAAAGCUUUCCUUCCCACCGUCAAUCUUUGCAGCCCUGAAGUGAGAUUAACGUUUCAACAGUGACUCAAGACUGAGCCCAUCCAAGCAGUCCUGGUUAAGGUGUGGUCCUAUCAAGGAGUGAUCCAUCAUCGUCUAGGAUUCAGUCCCAUUCUGCAAGGAAUCAACAUGCAGACCCAGUGCACCACCAUCACACAGACCCACUUCCUCCUGUCCUUUCUACUGCUUGGCAUGCUUUUUGGGAAGUCAUACGCUGAAGAAGACUUCAUAGUCUCAACCAAGACAGGAAGAAUGCGAGGGCUGAGCCUGCCGGUUCUCGAUGGCACAGUGACUGCUUUUCUUGGAAUCCCCUAUGCACAGCCUCCUCUUGGAAGGCUAAGAUUCAAAAAGCCACAACCCUUAAACAAGUGGUCUGGCAUCCAGAAUGCCACCAGAUAUGCUAAUUCUUGUUAUCAGAUUAUAGAUCAAACCUUCCCAGGUUUCCAGGGGUCGGAAAUGUGGAAUCCGAACACGAACCUCAGCGAAGACUGCUUGUAUCUGAACGUUUGGGUUCCAACACCUAAACCGAAAAAUGCCACUGUCAUAGUAUGGAUUUAUGGUGGUGGCUUUCAAACUGGGACAUCCUCUCUACCUGUUUAUGAUGGGAAGUUUCUAGCUCGGGUUGAAAGAGUUAUUGUAGUUUCAAUGAACUACAGGCUAGGCGCCCUAGGAUUUCUAGCUUUACCUGGAAAUUCUGAGGCUCCAGGGAACAUGGGCUUAUUUGAUCAACAGUUGGCACUUCAGUGGGUCCAAAAAAACAUAGCUGCCUUUGGAGGGAAUCCUAAAAGUGUAACGCUUUUUGGGGAAAGUGCAGGAUCAGCCUCUGUGAGCUUACACUUGCUUUGUCCCCAAAGCUACCCUCUGUUUACCAGAGCCAUUCUGCAAAGUGGAUCUUCUAACGCCCCCUGGGUAGUAAAGUCUCCAGAGGAAGCCAGAAACCGAACUUUGGCCUUAGCUAAAUUUACUGGCUGCUCAAAGGAGAAUGAGACAGAGAUGAUUAAAUGCCUUCAGAAUAAAGAUCCCGAAGAAAUUCUUCUGAACCAAAGGUUUGUUCUCCCCUCUGAUUCCCUCUUAUCGAUAAAUUUCGGUCCAACGGUGGAUGGUGAUUUUCUCACUGACAUGCCCGACACACUACUUCAACUCAGACAAGUGAAAAAAACGCAGAUCUUAGUGGGCGUUAACAAAGAUGAAGGGGCGUCUUUUCUAGUGUAUGGUGCUCCUGGUUUCAGCAAAGACAAUGAUAGUCUCAUCACUCGGAAGGAGUUUCAGGAAGGUUUAAAUAUGUAUUUUCCAGGAGUGAGCAGCUUGGGAAAAGAAGCAAUCCUUUUCUACUAUGUGGACUGGUUAGGUGACCAGACACCGGAAGUCUACCGUGACGCCUUGGAUGAUGUAAUUGGAGAUUACAACAUCGUAUGCCCCGCGUUGGAGUUUGCCAAGACAUUUUCAGACCUUGAAAGUAAUGCCUUUUUCUACUAUCUCGAACACCGAUCUUCCAAAGUUCCCUGGCCUGAAUGGAUGGGAGUUAUGCAUGGCUAUGAAAUUGAGCUUGUCUUUGGCUUACCUCUGGAAAGAAGAGCUAAUUAUACUAGAGCUGAGGAAAUUUUGAGUCGAUCCAUGAUGAAAUUUUGGGCAAAUUUUGCAAAAUAUGGAGAUCCCAGUGGAACCCACAGCAAUAGCACAAUGUGGCCUGUCUUCACAAGUACUGAACAAAAAUAUCUAACCUUGAACACAGAGAAGCCAAGAAUAAACUCUAAGCUCCGUUCUCCUCAGUGCCAAUUUUGGAAACUAUUUUUUCCUAAAGUCUUGGAAAUGACAGGAAAUAUUGAUGAAACAGAACAAGAGUGGAAAGCAGGAUUGCAUCGUUGGAGCAAUUACAUGAUGGACUGGAGAAAUCAAUUUAACGAUUACACUAGCAAGAAAGAGAGUUGUCUGGGUCUCUAAUUAAUAGAUUUACCCUUUACAGAAUAUCCAUUUUCCUGUAGAUGAAAGCAAAAAUACCAGUAGCUCUUGUCGCAUACACCAAGAAUGCUAUUAUACAACCAAAGGAAAAAUGCCGGAGGAGAAUAUUGAUCCCUCACAUCUUUCACUUAGUAUUUUACCUAGUGUUUCAGUGCCGAGUCACUAGAAGUUGUUUUAAUAAUUUUCAGAAUAUAAACUUUGAGAGUUAAUUAGGAUUAUAUUAAUACAGCGUGCUGCUUUGAUCUUACUUUCCCGAAGAGCAUUACCGUUUUUACCUAAAAGUUACAUACUCUGUUUUUAUUCACUCCCGUGUUAUCAGAACCACAUAUCCAAAAGUAUCUUGAAAAACGGAAUCAGAUUUUGAAACACUGAUGUUAUAGUUUGUAUUAGUGUUUCCUAUAACUUACUUACAAAUCUAGUGUUAAUAUGAAAUAGUAAAACAACUAAAAAUUGGUUACUCAUGUAUAGAGAGCCAAGAGAGAAUAUAAAAAUAAGAGCCAUGGUAUCUGGGAAAGGUUACAGUGAAAUUAAAUAUGACUAGCACAAACUCUGGAAUUUCUUGUACUGUUGAAAGUCAAACCAACUUGUUACUGUGCGUAAGAAAAUAUGCCUCAGGCAUCAUUUCCUGAAUAUGACUUGUCAUAUGAAGCAGGUCUGACUUCAGAAUUUCACAGCCAAAGAAAACACGGGACUCCUAAAAGGGAAUCCUUUGCCUCCACACUGUGGUGUGGGGUAGACAGCAGAAAUCAGUGUAUAGAAACUCUUGGAUGUUGUACCUUUAACAGAUUCACAAGUGAAACAAAUAUUUUUUUUAAUUACUAAUGAAAUAAAUGUGUGUGAAUCUAAACUCUGCAUCACAUCAGUCCUCUCUAGGGUUAACACAUGAAUAACUGUUACUAUAGCAUUAAACAAAGUCAUAUAGCUGUCACAUUAUUUAGGUGAAUGUUUUGAUUCAUGUCUCAAAAUAUGACAAAUUAUUAGUAAGUCAUAGAUUAUAAAAGAAUAAGCAUAGCUAAUCCAGGCAGUUUAGAACAUUAAUUUGAUCAAUUAUUUAUAUUUUGCAAAGUGUUAUUUUUAGUGGAUUAGUGUUCAAAUUUUGAUUUAUACAGACUAAAGUAAUAAGUCUCAUUUCUUUAAAAAUAUCCGUGUCAUAUAUUCUAAUUUUUGAAAAAUAGUAUGCUGAAUAUUAUAAUCACAGGAUGAUUUAAAAUGUAAAGUAAUUAAAUUCUUGUCAAUCUGAUAAUUUCUUGGAUAAUUAUUAAGUGACACAAUUAUCCUAAUGCCUAAUAAAUAGGACAAUCUAUACAUUGUUGAAGAAGACAACAAAAUCAAUAGUGAAAUUUCAUAGCGUGGUUGUCCAUACUCUACUCAACAGCACCAGUUCUCUUUAUAAACUUGUUUGCAAAGAAGAGUAUGUAGAUUGAAAGGGGAGUUACCUAAAUGCACUGAAUGUAAAGCAUUACUUACAAUCCUUCUACACUGCCAAAGAAUAAAGGGAAGUUCAUCAUCAGAUCUAAAAAUGCAUACAAAUAUGCCUUAGGGUUCUUUAAAGGAAUAGAUACAAAAUGAAUACAUAUAUUAGAAAGGAAUUUAUUUGAGUGGCUUAGGGGUUAUACAUUAGUAGUUCAAUAAUGGCUGCCUCAUACUAGAGAGGCCUGGAAUAUAGAUGUUGUUCAAUACCCAAGGCUGGAAGUCUCGGCAUUCCCACUCAGUUCCUGAAAGCCUGGAGAAAUCCUACAGAGCUUCUGGCUUUGAGUCUACUUUGAAAUCCCAAAGAAGUAGGUUCUAAUACUGGGAAGUGAUGUCACAUCAACAAGAUAGAUGAAUUUACCUGCAAGAAUUAGGCCACUCAGGUGAAAUGCAAAAUUUCCUUCUUCCAUGUCCUUACAUCUGAGCUACUACCAUAAGGUGCAUCACACAUUUAGGAUGGGUCUUCCAGUUUCAAAUUCCCUGAUUUAGAAAAUUACUCAUAGAAACGUCCUGAAGCUUGCAAAUCAGUUGACUCCAGAUACCGUCCAGAUGAUACCAAAAAUUAGGCAUUACAAAUCUAUCUCUUGUCAGCAUGACAUACAGCUACAUUUCCUUAAGUAAAGCUUAAUUUCCAAAUGAAAGCAAUAAUCAGGUCAUAAUUACACCUAACAUUCUAUAACUGUCCCAUGCCAACUAUAAAUGCAUUAUCUAUUUUGAAAUAGUUAGCAAAGUCCCUUGAAGAAUGCUUAGUCUUUAGUGUCUUUCAACUUAAAUAUGAUAACAUAGAUUUACAAUGAUAUCACUUAACCAACAAUGUAUGAUUAAAAACAUAGAGGGAAGAAAUUGCAAAUAUCUGUAUACACAUGCAAACAUAUUCUUUGCAUAAUAAGACAGAAAUUCAUAUCAAUUAUAAUAAUUUCUGCAACUCAAUAUUGGCCAAUAUUUAUAACUAUAUUUCUCUACUAUCUGUUUUUUUUUAUAUCCACCACCCUUAUCAAGCAGCUUACCUUUAUGACUACUUUCCUAGAAUCUAUGUCAAUUAAAAACAAGUAUCCAAUAGGCUAUGCAAAUCUGAUUGUUUAUUUUCCUCAAUGCAUAGUUACUCUAGUAAAAUGCCAUAGGUCCUUCUAUAAAAGGUCAGGAGAAAGACUAACAAUAAAUCUCUUCAGUAUGCUAACACAAUCCUAACUCAGGGGAUCCUGGCCUUCCCUUCAUUCAAGGAGUUGUAGGUUUUCUUUCUUCUUUUUUAAGACUGUAAUGAUCUGACUUUAUUUUACACUAGGUAGAGGGCACAAUGCGAUUCUCUUUAAUGAAGAUGACAUUUAGCUUCACUCAGAACAUUUUAAUAAUGCAUAUUAAAAAAUUAUUCACCUUACAAAUUGUUCUGCAAUCCAAAUAUUGAAGAAGACUCCCUUAAAAAUCUCCAACGGGAACAUAUGGCCCAGAUGAUCCAAUGUUUCAGAACACCUCUGUUGCAGUUUCCUCUGAGUUCUGCAUCCAGAAAGGCUUCAAGAAUGGUAGCUGAGUUCUAGGUUUUCUAACUGGCUCAAAGCUGGAAAUUGACAGGCAGAGAAGCCUUAUUGUGAAAAUCCAAUUUAUCCUUUCUUGUAUUUGUUCUAGAGAUUUUCUGCUUCCAUAGAUGAAACAAACACGUAAUAGGCUUCUAUCUAUUUUGUUCCUAGAAGCACCAUGUUUCUAGCCAGUACCAAAGGUUCCUAUGGGUCAGACCUUUACACUCGUUGCUUUGUCUGUGCUGCCCAUUCCAAUACCUAGUCUUGUCUUACUUUUGACAAUUCAAUGAUGCCACCUGACCUCUGCAACUCAGGGGCUCAAUUAAGCCCAUUACAGUUAAUUUAUCCACUGAGCAGCAGCAUCUUCAAUCCUAAAAUCUGACACAAGGAAAAGAGCAAUGACAGAGCUGUUCCAAUGUGCUGGUGCCUGCCUCAGCAUUUUCUGUGUUAUAUUUUCCAUGUUAGCUACUUGCCUUUUUCUGUAGGGAAAGGCAUGUAUUCUUGGCCUUAUUACAGUGAAGGAAUAGAUUUUGCACAGUCCAUCUACUCCAACAUUCCAAAUCCUAGAGUCUUAUCAUCAACAAUAGGCCAAGGUAUAGCAGGCAUAUCCAGAUCCCUCUAAGUAGAAUAUCAUUUGAGAAAUACAUCAGCCUAUCAAUCAUAUAAACCUUUGGUACUCUUUUUUAAUGGUGACAACUUCCAUAUUUAAACCCCAAAUCACCACAAAGAGGGUCUAUAUCAAUAACCUCAGCCUGAUCCAGUUUUAUAUUCCUUCUACCACAAUCCUAAACCCUCAGAUUCAUUCUCAAGAGCAUUCCCUUGACCUCUGAGUAAAUGGACUAAAAAGUUGAUUAAUUUUUUUUAAUAAUGUAGUGCCCAUCACAGACCUCACUACUAGAGCCAUUCUUAGUCUCCUUAAAGGUCUACAGAUAACAAUUAGUAGGCACCAAGGAACAUCUGUAUCGUCUUGCCUAGCAUUCCCUUUAAGGAAGGUAAUUAUGAGUUCUGUGUACAAUACAGCGUCAGUUCUCUCAGGCAAGGGUGGAAAAAGCAAUACUUGAAGGGACGUGUUUGGGGUACAUAUUCUUAUAAGAGUGGGGAGAUUACCAUUUUGGGUGAGAUAAUAUAGUGGUUUGAAUGUGAGGCUCAGCUAUUUGAACACUUAAUGAUCAGUUGAUGGUGUUGUUUGGAAGGUUUAAGGUGUACAACCUUGCUGGAGGAGGCAUGUCACUGUGGAUGGGCUUUGAGAUCAUAUAACCUCAUCAUACCUCUAGCUCACCCUUUCUGCUUUGUGCUUGUGUUUGAAGAUCUAAGCUCUCAGUUUCCUGUUACAACCACCAUGCCUGCUGCUUGCUACCAUGCUUCCCACUGGGGACUGUUAUCCUUCUGGAAUCAUAAGCCCAAAU